GGCGCAUGCCUAGCCAAAGGGGUCCUUCUGGUCCUGUCUUCCCUGUGCGCCUGACGUCGACUGAUCUGAUUGCCCUAUCAUUACUAAACCCGUUCGAUUAGCGAAAAGUAAUCAACAACACAUAUCUUCCGUGGAGUAAUGAUGGGCGGGAGGUCCAGCACGUUAGCGGCAGGGCUCUGCGGGGCGCUUCUGGUCGGCUACUGCAUCUACUUCGACCGUAAGAGACGGAGUGACCCCAGCUUCAAGAACAGGCUGCGGGAACGGAGGAGAAAGCAGAAGGUGGCCAAGGACCGGGCUGGGAUGUCCAAGCUCCCAGACCUGAAGGAUGCGGAGGCCGUCCAGAAGUUUUUCCUGGAGGAGAUCCAGCUUGGGGAGGAGCUACUGGCACAGGGUGACUACGAGACGGGUGUGGACCACCUGACCAAUGCCAUCGCGGUGUGCGGUCAGCCUCAGCAGCUGCUCCAGGUGCUGCAGCAGACCCUCCCACCGCCCGUCUUCCAGAUGUUACUCACCAAGCUGCCCACCAUCAGCCAGCGCAUCGUGACUGCUCAGAGCCUCAGCGAAGACGAUCUAGAGUAAACAUCUAUCACCGUGGCAACCGUGGCUCGUCUGCUACCACGGCAACCCAAGGGAAUCUUUUUUUAGACUUGUUUAUUUGAUGACAUCAUUGUUUAUCUUUAUUGUUCUGAGACGUCUGAUUGGUCCAUACAGGCUGUGUUCCGCACGUCUGAAGCAUACCCUCCACUCAUUGGUUGGUCAGGUUGUCAUGUUUCUGUAAGUAGGAUGCCUAACCUCUUCAUAGCAGCGCUGUACUGCUGGGUGGUAUACCCCUGAGCUGUCGGCUACUACACACCUGUAUGGUUAACUGAAACUAUUUUUAUGGUCAUGGAAUGUUCUGUACCUUUUGAAGAGGCUCCCCCUCCUCUUCAAAUGUAAAAAAACAAGUAAAAAAAAAAGGUGAAUGAAA